UCAGCCUGGCUGGCAGACCCAAAUCCAGCAAGUUGCAAAGGUAAAAGCCCGAGACCUAUCAUGGGGCACGGACUCAACAGUAUUUCAGCCUCGGAGCUGGACAAGUUCAUAGAGGAUUACCUCCUUCCGGACAGCAGCUUUGGUGCUGAUGUCAAAUUAGCCAUCAAUAUCGUGUGUGAUUUCCUGAAGGAGAGAUGCUUCCGAGGUGCUGCCCACCCAGUGAGGGUCUCCAAGGUGGUAAAGGGUGGAUCCUCAGGCAAAGGCACCACGAUCAAGGGAAAGUCAGACGCUGACCUGGUGGUGUUCCUUAACAAUCUCACCAGCUUUGAGGAUCAGUUAAAGCGACGGGGAGAGUUCAUCAAGGAAAUUAAGAAACAGUUGUAUGAGGUUCAGCGUGAGAGACAUUUUAGAGUCAAGUUUGAGGUCCAGAGUUCAUGGUGGCCCAAUGCUCGGUCUCUGAGCUUCAAGUUGAGCGCCCCCCACCUUCAUCAAGAGGUGGAGUUUGAUGUGCUUCCAGCCUUUGAUGUCCUGGGUCAUGUUACCAUAUACAGCAAGCCUGAUCCCGAAAUCUACGCCAAUCUCAUCAAGAAGUGCCUCUACCUGCAGAAGGAGGGCGAGUUCUCUACCUGCUUCACUGAGCUCCAGCGGAACUUCCUGAAGCAGCGCCCAACCAAGGUGAAGAGUCUCAUCCGCCUGGUCAAGCACUGGUACCAACUGUGUCAGGAGAAGCUGGGGAAGCCGCUGCCCCCACAGUACGCCCUGGAGCUGCUCACAGUCCAUGCCUGGGAGCGCGGGAAUGGUUCUGUUGAUUUUGACACAGCCCAGGGCUUCAGAACUGUCUUAGAACUGGUCACCAAGUACAAGCAGCUUCGAAUCUACUGGACAAUGUACUAUGACUUUGAACACCAGGAGGUCUCCAGCUACCUGCACAGACAGCUCACAGGAGUCAGGCCUGUGAUCCUGGAUCCUGCAGACCCAACAGGAAACGUUGCAGGUUCGAACUCAGAGGGCUGGCGGCGACUAGCAGGAGAGGCUGCCGCCUGGCUGCGGUACCCAUGCUUUAAGUACAGGGACCGUUCCUCAGUGUGCUCCUGGGAUGUGCCGGUGAGAACAUGUCACCAUCCUUUCCCUUCCCAACACCCUCAUUCUCUUCAUCUAUCUGGAGAAUGUUCUCACAAAGAUGUGGUCUCCUCGCUCCUGUGGAGGCCAGCGGCUCUCCUUAUUUCAUGGCCAUUUUAACACCGUUCGUAGAUCUCAUGGGCUCACAGGAUGGCUCAGUGGGUAUAGGCACUUGCUGCCAACCCAAAUGACCUGGGUUUGAUCCCAGGAACUCCUCUGGCAGAAGAAGAGAACCAAAUCCCCAAAGUUAUCCUCUGACCUUCAUCUCUGAUGUUACACACAUGGACAUGAGCGCGCGCGUGCGCGCACACACACACACACACACACACACACACACACAGGUUGCCUAUACCCAGUCACACACACAUAUCACCCACACAUAGACACACAUAUACAUAGACUUGGAGACCUGAAGCCACUGGCUCAGGGACACUCAGAUGAGUGUUGUGGGGCUGGUAUCCUGUGGAUUCUGAAGCCACUGUCUGGUCCAUGAAGCAGGCUGUCUUCCCUGUCUCAUUGUCACGUGACCAAUGGGACUCAGCGGGGCUGUGUCACAGCCACAGAGGCACAGAGGGACCUGCACUUGGACCUUUCCCCUCCUGGGGCGGGGUCUUCCUGUUGCUAGGGAACCGGUGAUGCCGUGAGUGCCCUCCAGAUGGAGGUUAGCAUGGCUUCAGGGAUGUUGGAACCAUAACCCGGGUCAGGAAGGAAGU